GCACUUAUUCCAGCUGGAAAUAAAGCAUGCUUUUGAAAAAAGUCAGUCGGCCAAGGAAAUGGGAUUUACUUUGGAAAAUGUACAUUAUUCAGACGUUGCUCUAGUGUGUGUUGGGCUGAAACACUUGGGAGUUUUCUGCUCAAACUUUGAGCUCUUUCUAAAUGCAUGGAUGGACACUAAGGGAAGCAAACAUGCGCAAAGUUCUGGGGAUAUAACUCUGUUUUCGUAAACAAGCUAAUCUAUUGUUCCUGAAUUUUUUGUCCUCCUCUUCGGAAAACACUGCCAAGCAACUUUUGUGGUUAAAUGGGGGCAUUGUAAGUUGUUUUCAGGGGGUAAAGGCAACCACGGAACACGAAGGAGAAGAAAAGUGCGGACUAUUCAUCAAUGAACUGAGAGAAUAGUAAGAAAGACAAGUGGGAGGACAGGCAUCGCAAUGGCUGAAAGGGCGAUUGAAAGAAAAGCGCCUGUUCACAGAAGCGUCUCUUUCAAAAAGGUAGAGAGCUGGAGCGCAAAGCGCAGAUCAUUUGGAGGGGAUUUGGAUAGGUGCGGUGCCCUUCCCCCAGACGCCGUAGAGCACAGCGCGCAGCCAUCACAAGCGACGCACGCUGUUACUGAAUCCAGAAAAGUUUCCAAAAUCUCAGCGGCCAGCCUCUCGACCGCAGACCUCAAGAAAGCCUCGCAUGGAGUAUCUCCAUCGGUUCGUCAGCUCUCUGAGAAGUUCAGUUUGAGCACAGACGGGACACAGAGCUCAUUAGUCAACACUGGAAGCGUUAAAAACACAAAAAGUGUCGAAGAUUCGUCUUUGAGCGAGAGUGGCUGCAUAUCCAAGGAGUUUUCUGAGUCUGCGACGGAGAAACAACUUAAGGACAGUAAAAGAUAUUGCGCGGCUCAAGAGUCUGUGUCAGGGUCGGAUUCGGGCAGAGGAGAUAAACACAGGCUCCAGAAAACUGUGGGUGGCACAAACACAGGGAGCCCAACAUGCAAAUCUCGUCACUAUCACCCUUCCUAUGGAGAGACAUCUAUUCAUAUUGAUGCAAACUGGCCAAGCGUUUCUAAGAUUAGAGAACUAUUUGGGGAUGGACGCAGAAAGCAACAUCGGUCAACUUCAGAUGCUGAUGACUUGAAAUCUGCAUGUCAACACCUCCAGCAUUUCGACGCUAAAGAGGGCAUCUCAACUCCAGACAAAAGUGACAAACAGUUCCCCCACCAGCCAAGGGGAGACUGGCAAGACACAAACUGCUCUCAUCAUGACAACAGUACAUUGUAUGCGGACUAUUCAAUCCCUAACUUCCAUACUUUAGCUGCUGAAAGCCAUUCCUUUGAGUUUUUGAAUUGUGAUUCUCCUCCUGCUCCCCCACCGCGCAGUAGAACGACCGCUUUGCCCCUCAGGUCUCACCGUUGGCAGCUGCAGAGACAGAGGGCAGAGCAGCCACAGCCACCGGAUAGCUCGCAUUCCUCGCAUAACUCCUCCCAACCACAGACAGGGCCCUCCGUGGAACUAGCCAGCACUGGGGGAAGACUGAGCUCUGGAGAAGAGGACGAGAAGCUCAGAGAACGGACAGGCGAUAACUUCCCACAAAACAAGUAUGGCAUCAGGGCUAAGUUGAGAGGAAGGUCUUCAGGCAGUGAGGAAGAUAGCCCUGCAGCGCUAGCACACCACAACAAGGACGUAAGACGUCGCUCGCUAAGGAAAAAGAAGAAAAGCAAUUGCAGCAGAGGCAAUGAAGAGUCAGAUGACAGUGACAACCAACCUGUAAUGAUGCAGCCGUGUGAUUCUCAAACGGUGGGCCGCAAGAUUGAAGGUUUCCAUUCUAGGGGUUGUUAUAUGGGCAUGCCAUGGGCACGAGACAGCACAUCUCAACGAUCCCGUGUGACUAAGGACAGCUUUAGGCACCUAUAUAGAAAUUUCGAGGGGUCAGUCAGAACUAGCCCUGUUCCUCAGGUGUCGCGGGUUUCGAAAGUCACUAUACCCUCAUUUACAUCCAGUCCGUUGGGGUCAAGAAGUAGUAGCAGGUAUUCUAGCACAGAGACGUUAAAAGAAGAGGAUCAGCCAGCCAACAUCCACAGCUAUGGCAGGGCUUCAUCAGCUGCUCUGAGUAAAACAUACCAUGGCAAUGCCACCAUGUACCGCUCGCCUAGUUUUGGCCAUGGAGAUAACUUGUCUCGUGCCCCAGUUCGAGCUCACCCUAAGCUUGUGUCCAGCUUAAGCCCAGCAGAAUAUAAAACCCGCAGUUCAGACAACAGGGUAUUCUGCCACUCCUUAAAUAAUGAGAAAGACAGGAACAGGAUCUCUAUAUCCAACCCUGACAUUGCCUCUGAAACUCUAUCACUUCUUAGCUACCUUAAGACCGAUCUGUCUGAGUUGAAAAUGAAGAAAAAGGGACAAGAUGACAAGGGCAGUCUUAACUCUGAUCAAGGUACAUCUGUGUACAGAAUGGGCUCAAGGACAAAUCGGCCACACCAUGGACGCCCUUCCCUGAAGGAUCUCACUGCUACUUUGAGGAGGGCAAAGUCUUUCUCUUACUCUGAGAAGCCAGCAGGGCAGCAAUAUUAUAGUAGCGGGCCAGGUUUAAGGAGUUCCCCCGAGCGACGGCUAGACUCUGAAGAUAGUGGCGAGCAGGUGUUGAUUGCUGACAGGGAGGUGGAGAGCGACGACUGUAGAAGUACCUACUGUUACGACGAGCCAAUGCCUACCCCUCUGCAAGACCACUACGUGCAGGAAGCCAGACAGGUGAUAAGAGACAUUUGUCAGAUGGGCGAAAGUAAGGAUGACUAUGAUGAUUAUGAGGAAGACCGUUUCAAGACAAAAAGCAGUGAUGCUAAAAUAGACACUGAAAAAGAAGAUAAGGCAAAGCAGGAGGUGAGUAGACUUGAACACUCUGAUUUUACUGGGUGUAAGGAAGGGGAGGCUGAUGGAAAAAGUGGAAAAUGUUUACAGAAGGGAAAUUCGGAGGAGAACAUGUUCUGUGAUAAGUCAUUGGAUGAACUCUCCGGCCAUGAAUCUAGCCUGACAGAUGAAGGAAUUGUCACAGAGCCAGAGAUUGGCUCAUAUGGGGGGCUAUCCUGCGGUAAAGACUUGCUGGAUCAGACUCUCACCGUUUGGAAUCAGUCAGGGUUGUACGAAGAGCAGUUGCCUUAUACAACACCAGAGGAAUCUCUUUCAUCUCAAGUUCCGUCUGUUAAGACGGAGUAUGAGGGAGUAGCCAUAGGAGGAGACAUUAGCAGCAGUAAAAAUGUAAACCAGGGGGCCUUGGAGGCUCCGUCUACUCCUAGUGCUAUUCGCAGGCGAAGGAAAUUCUCCUCCGCUGGAAACAACGGCUCAGACUCCAGCAAUGGCAGUAACGGAGAGUCUAAUGGUGAGUCUGCUUACCGUUCCUUGAGUGAUCCUAUGCCUCAUAGACGUCGGUCAGAUGCAGAGGAUGGCGGAAAGAGCUUCUCCAUGGACAGCAACCUGCUCAGUUCACUCUCUCUAAGUUCCAAGGUGGGUGUUGGUGUGGAGUCUUCUGCAGCAGAUCUUUCUGAAUAUACAGGCAGUGCUGCCAGUGACCUUUCCAUGUGUAGCGACAGCCUGAGAGAUUACAGUACUGUUAUUCAGAGCAUUGUUUGUGAACCUGGCGCAAUGGACAAUCUUAUUGAUGAGAAGGUGAAUGGCAAGGCUGUGAAGAAAAAGAGCUUUAGCGACCCUAGCAGACGUGGAGAACUGGCAAAUACUGUCCUAGAAUUCCAAAAGCAUCCCAGCGAGCCAAUUUGUGAACUAGAACAAUCCAUACCACCUUCCAGCAGUGAGCCCAUCUUAUCCGAGCAAAGAGACGAGCUUUGGGCGCUCAAUAGCGAACAACAACAACUUUAUUGUCCAACCAGAAGGUCUCGUUCACAAUCUGAGCAUGUGUUGCCCUCCCACCUUGGUCAUAACGGAGAAACAAAAGCCCCAGGUGAGCCCUCAUUUCCUUUUGACCCUAAGCUAGCUCAGGUUUUGUCUCCUCGCACCAGUCGCAGAAGCCCCAAGAAACACACAAACCGCUUUACCCAUCAGUUGUCUUGUGAUGACGGGGAUCACUUAGUUGAACAAGGUGAAGAGCAGUCCUCCGCAUCCAUCCUCCCCCAGCUUCCUGCCUCAAAAGUCAGACCCAAACACGUGCGGCAUGCCAGUGAACCUGCCACAUUUGUGCCCAUCAUUCCUUCACAUGCCCACAUCUCCCAGGACUUCCAGAGGUCUAGCCAUGUCGGAGAGUCUUCUACACCCAGCAAAACAGUGCCGGGGGAGGAAACUCCAUCAUUAGAGGACGUCACUGAGCAAUACAUCUUGGCCUUGAACUCUCCAGAGUGCCCGGCAGAGACCCCAGCAGCUACUGGUGGGGUUAUUCUGGAAGGCACCACUUCCACGCCUUCAGUUCCUACCACCACUGCUGAGCCAAAACUAGAGAGGAAGUCCAGCGAGGAACUUUCCACUGCCUCUCUGAAGGCCAAACCGAGAGUGCCCUGCUGUCAUCCAUUACUCCCUCCUUCCCUCCCUGUCAGGGUACCUGAUAUCAGGGCUGAAUCUCAUUUCUGGAAGAACGACAAAAAUGACUUCAUCCCUCCACAAUGUUCCUCAGCUCCUGAGCUGUCUGCAAAUGGCUUUCAGAGGAGAAUGAGAAAGAGAAAUUAACAGGAUGAGCAGCUUUAAUGGACAGAUAAUCCACUUGCCUUCCAGCUUCCCUUCCCUUUUUUCUACUACUGUUUGUAGUGAUGUGCAAUUA